CGGGCGGGCGGGCGGGCACGCGCGCGCGGGCCAUGGGCGAGGCGGAGGCGCCCGAGGCCGAGCUGCAGCGCCUGAUGGCGGCCGAGCAGCAGAAGGCGAGGUUCACUGCGCAGGUCCACCACUUCAUGGAGCUGUGCUGGGACAAGUGCGUGGAGAAGCCGGGAAACCGGCUGGACUCUCGCGCGGAGGGCUGCCUCGCCAGCUGCGUGGACCGCUUCGUCGACACCACGCUGGCCGUCACCGGACGCUUCGCCCAGCUCAUGCAGAAGGGCGGCCACUGAGCCGCCACCCCUCCCUCCGGAGGCCGCCGACGGACGAGACGCAUUCAAAAUAGAAAGUUAUUUAUUCGGAA